AUGUUGAACAAGGCUUUGUGGGCUCUCAUAGCCUGUCUGGUAGCGUCACUGGUGGCGGCUGCGAACCUGCCUAUCGUGGUGGAAGCCAGCGCUUCCGCAUGUGUCAAGGAGUUUGAGCUGGAACUUACGUGGGAACGGUAUGCGCCGCUGGGCAUCUCGCGCAAGAUGUUGCUCGUCAACGGCCAGACGCCGGGCCCCGAGCUGCAGUUCAACCAAGACGACGAGGUGACUGUCCAUGUCAUCAACAGCUCGCCCUUUAACACCACCGUCCACUUUCACGGCCUGGAAAUGCAAGGCACUCCCUGGUCAGAUGGCGUGCCCGGCGUCACGCAGCUAGAGAUUUCCCCAGGUAGAGAAUUUACGUACCGAUUCAAGGCUACGCAGCAUGGUAGCUACUGGUACCACUCGCAUUCCCGCAUCCAAAUCGAGGACGGUCUGUAUGGCCAUAUUUUCAUCCAUCCUCGCCCUGGAGCGGACAACCCGUUCCACCUCAUCUCCGCCCACAGCGGCGACGUCAGCGCCAUGGUGCAGGCUGAGAAGGACUCCCAGGCUGUCGCCGUUUUUGACCUGAUGCACAUUACAUCGGAAGAGAAGUGGGACAUUACUCUGGCAUCGGGCAUCGAGCUUACCUGCUACGACCGUAUCUUGUUCAACGGCAAGGGCCGGAUGGAGUGCCUUACUGCCGAGGACAUGCAAGCAAACCUCACUCCCCCACAGAUUGGCGAUCUCGCACUGGUCCCGGGUUCUUCUCUAACAGAUCGAGGCUGCUUCCCUCCCAAAGUCAUGGCCGCUUUCGGCGGCGACAUGGAGCACUUCAACGAGAGCGCCAUCCCGCACCGCAUCUUUUACGGCUGCGAAAACGGCACCGACCCGUUGGAAACCUUCAACGUUGCCCAGAACAGCUGGGUGUCGUUCAACGUCCUCGGCGCCACCAACUUUGCCACCGGCGCCUUUUCCAUUGACGAGCACGACAUGUGGGUAUAUGCCGUCGACGGCAGCUACAUUAUCCCGCAGCGCGUGCAAGCCAUCUCGCUCUCCAAUGGCGAGCGCUACGCCGUCCUUGUGCGGCCGACCCGCGCCGGCGCCUUCAAGAUGCGCUUCCACGCCUCGAGCGCGCCGCAAAUGAUUACCAGCUACGCGGUCCUCUCCGUCUCCGGCGGGCCCAGCAGCCCGGGCCUUCCCCGGCGCCACCUGCGCGAGUCGGCGCCGUGGGUCACCAUCUCCGGCGGGCCGCUCUCGUCCAACGUCACCUUUUACAGCGACGACCGCGCCCAUCCGUACCCCGCGGAGCCGAUCCCCGCGUCGGCCGACGAGCUGCACGUGUUGCGCAUGAAGCUCGACGGUGCCUCGUACCGCUGGGCCAUGAACAGCACCGGCCUGCGACCCGCCAACAUGGACCGCUGGCGCUCGCCGCUUCUCUUUCAGCCGCCAGCGGCUCAUGCUGCGCGCAACGACAACGUGACGCUGGCGACGCGCAACGGCACCUGGAUCGACCUGGUGCUGCUUGCGUCCGUGUUCCCGAUGCCGCCGCACCCGGUGCACAAGCACGGUAACAAAAUGUACAUGAUUGGCUCGGGUACGGGUGCGUUUAGGUGGGCGUCGGUUGACGAGGCUGUUGAGGAGAUACCGGCGCAGUUUAACCUCGUGAAUCCGCCGCGGCGGGACACGUUUAUCACGUUGAUCGCGAGACAGGACGUGAGCUGGAUCGUGGUGCGCUAUCAGGUGACGAACCCGGGCGCGUGGCUGCUGCACUGCCAUAUCAGCAAUCAUAUGAUGGGCGGCAUGAUUAUGGUGCUGCUUGAUGGAGUCGAUGUCUGGCCGACGGUGCCAGAUGAGUACCUCGACUUUCACUAA